CCGCUCUGACGUCAGGGCGAUAUCGGGAAUUCCUCUCCGUGUAGGGCUCCGUGUGACGGUGAACGGGAGCUUCAGACGCCGCUAGGAGGAAGCGGCACGUACUGUAUACACGUGAGGCGUCAAGUUUCCCAUGUUUCCUCGCCGUGUUUUCAUUCUAACCGCUCUGAGAGACAUGAGUCUGUGCGGGAAAGAAGUUUAAUGAGAAAACUUAAAGAGGGAGCAUCAUGGUCGUCUGCAUCUGCUCCUGAACACGGCAUCUGAGAUCUGCUACAGAGGUGACCCGAGCCAGGCCGGACUGAAUAGGGUCUACCAUGUUCCCUGAUGCCCUAGAAGCAGCGGGGCGGGUGGAGGGCCUGCCACUGUCCUCCCCACAACCGCUACCGGAGCUGGAGGAAGAGGAGACAGAGGCCUCAGCAGAGAAGGGGCCAAAGAGACAAGGCCGCUACCGGCACAGCCUGCAGAUUUUAAAGCCCUUCAGGAUAACCCACAAGCAUCAGCACCCAGUCGAUAACGCCGGCCUCUUCUCAUUUAUGACUCUGCACUGGCUCUCCCCUCUGGCACUGAAGGCCUACAAGGCUUCCAGCUUGUCUAUAGAUGAUGUGUGGGGACUUUCUUGCCACGAAGCUUCUGCAAUCAACUGCCAAAGGCUCGAAUCUUUUUGGCACGACGAACUCAAAAGACGAGGGCGAGAGGGGGCAUCUCUGACGAGAGUCUUCUGGAGGUUCUGCCAAACCCGCAUGUUGGUGGCCAUCUUCUCGCUUCUGCUGACGAUGGUGGCCGGCUUCGUUGGGCCCGCCCUGCUGGUCCGAGCUCUGCUGGAGUAUUCCCAGAGCUCAGAGAGCUGCUUGUGGUACGGCCUCUCCCUGGCAGCAGGGAUCUUCCUCAUGGAGCUGAUGCGCUCCUGGUCUCUGGCGCUCAUGUGGGCCGUGAACUACCGCACUGCUGCACGCCUCCGUGGGGCAGCGCUCACAUUUGCCUUCCACAAGAUCCUCCGCCUGCGCAGCACUAAAGACAUCAGUCCAGGCGAGCUGAUCAACAUCUGCUCCAGUGAUGGCCAGCGGCUGUAUGAAGCGGUGUCAGUGGGCUGCCUGCUGGCUGGGGGGCCUCUGGUGGGAAUACUGGGUCUGUCUUACACUGCGUACUUCCUGGGACCCACUGCUCUCCUGGGGUCGGCCAUUUUCAUCAUCUUCUACCCUGUCAUGAUGCUUGCAUCGAGGCUGACGGCGUACUUCCGCAAAAAGUGUGUGGUGGUCACUGACCGGCGCGUGCGACUGAUGAACGAGAUCUUGGGCUGCAUCAAGUUCAUCAAGAUGUAUUGUUGGGAAGAUGCCUUUGCACAGAACAUCCACAAGGUGCGAUCUAAAGAGAGGGGGAUCCUGGAGAGAGCUGGGGUCGUCCAGAGUCUCACAGUGGGUGUGGCGCCCAUCGUCGUGGUGAUAGCAAGCGUGUGCACUUUCACCCUACAUAUGGCCUUGGGCUAUGACCUUACUGCAGCUCAGGCUUUCACUGUAGUCGCUGUUUUCAACUCCAUGACCUUUGCCCUGAAGGUCACACCACUGGCCGUGAGGGCGCUGUCAGAGGGUGCUGUUGCAGUCAAAAGAUUUCAGAGGCUGUUCAUGAUGGAGGACAGAGAGGUUGUUUUAGUGAAGAUGGAGGAUCCAAGCAAUGCGGUAGAAUUUCAGGAUGCCACUCUGGCUUGGGAAAAAGCGCGUCCUCCACCUACAAAAUCUAAUCCAACUCCCAAGAAGCGAGGAGGAAUGAAGCGUGUGCUGCGCAGGGAGAAGCUUAGCCUGUACAUUUCCACAGAGGACGGCAAAGGGAACAAGGAAGGCCCCAACGCACAAAGUCUUCUCACAAACAUGGAACAGGAAAGUCCACAAAGCACCAUCUCGUCCACUCAAAGCAUACGACCCCCGCUGCACAAGACCCUGCACCGCAUUGACCUACGUGUUAAGAAGGGUUCACUGGUUGGAAUCUGUGGAGGCGUCGGCAGUGGAAAGAGCUCUCUUCUGUCUGCCCUGCUAGGACAGAUGACCCUGUUAGAAGGUAAUGUGGCUGCUAGUGGUGGCUUCGCUUAUGUGUCCCAACAAGCCUGGAUCCUCAAUGACUCGCUCAAGGAGAAUAUUCUUUUUGGAAAUGAGUAUGACCCAAACAGAUACAAUGCUGUGCUGGAAGCAUGCUGUCUCCUCCCAGAUCUCGCAGAGCUCCCAUACGGAGACAUGACAGAGAUCGGGGAGAGGGGUGCCAACCUGAGUGGAGGGCAGCGUCAGAGAGUGAGCAUGGCCCGUGCACUCUACAGUCAGCGACCCAUACUUCUCCUGGAUGACCCUCUCAGUGCUGUCGAUGCUUGUGUGGGUUCCCAUAUCUUCAAUAAAGCCAUCAAGGGUGCUGAUGAAGGCAAGACGGUGCUCUUUGUAACGCACCAGCUGCAGUAUCUGCCUGACUGUGAUGACGUUAUUCUGAUGAAGGACGGGCAGAUUGCCGAGCACGGCACCCAUGCGCAGCUAAUGGGUAAAGAGCGUGACUAUGCCACCCUAUUCAACAGCAUGCAACAGGAGAAUCUGGUUAAGGAGAAUUUAAAGAACAAACAGCAAAGGGCAGGUGAGAAAAAGGCUGACAGUACUGUUGAUGUAGCCAAGGCCGCACCAAAGGCAGAGAGCAAGAAUGGAGCACAACUCAUGAAAGCUGAAGAGAAAGGCUCUGGUGCAGUCGCCUGGUCUGUGUAUGGAGCCUACAUCAAAGCAGCAGGGGGUCCAGUUGUCUUCUUCAUCAACGCUUUCUUCUUCCUUUCGACCACAGGCAGCGUAGCCUUUAGUAACUGGUGGCUGAGCUACUGGAUCAGGCAGGGCAGCGGGAACACAUCAUUAAUCUUGGUGAAUGAAACGAUGGCGAGCAACAGCAUGAGACUCAACCCUCAUAUUCGGUUCUAUUCAACUGUUUACGUCGUUUCCAUGGCAGCCGCUUUAUUGCUGAAAACAAUGAGAGGACUGGUGUUUGUGAAGUGCACAGUGAAGGCUGCCUCUGCGCUCCACGACAAGCUGUUCAGCCGACUCCUCUUCAGUCCCAUGCACUUUUUUGAUACGACACCUCUGGGUCGUAUCCUGACCCGCUUCUCCAGGGACAUGGACGAGGUGGAUGUGCGUCUGACCAUGCAAGCUGAAAUGCUGCUGCAGAACCUGACCCUGGUGCUGUUUUGCUUGGGAAUGGUGGGCAUCGUCUUCCCUUGGUUCCUGAUCUCAAUCCUGCCUUUGGGAGCCUUCCUCUUCAUUGUCAACCGUGUCUCCAGGGUUCUGAUUCGUGAGCUGAAGCGCCUGGAGAACAUCAGUCAGUCACCCUUCACCUCUCAUAUCACCAGCAGUCUUCAGGGACUCUCCACCAUCCACGCCUAUGGAAGAGGGCACGCCUUCCUCCAAAGAUAUCAGGAAUUGCUGGACACCAAUCAGGCCUCCAACUACCUCUUCAGUUGUGCUAUGCGUUGGCUGGCUGUCCGUCUGGACCUCAUCAGUAUCUCUCUUAUCACCGCUGUAGCGCUUCUCAUUGUCUUCAUGCGCAAUCAGAUACCUCCAGCUUACGCAGGCCUGGCCAUAUCGUAUGCAGUGCAGCUGACUGGCUUGUUUCAGUUUACAGUGCGGCUGCUCUCAGAGACUGAAGCUCGCUUUACUUCAGUCGAAAGGAUCAAUCAUUAUAUAAAGAGUCUUGAGAGUGAAGCACCCAGACAAAGUCCUGAGGCAGCCGCUCCUGCCACCUCCUGGCCUCAGCAGGGAAAGAUCACCUUCCAGGAUGUGAGGAUGCGUUAUCGUGAGGAUCUGCCACUGGUGCUUAAGAACCUGUCCUUCACUAUUCUGCCUGAAGAGACCAUCGGCAUCGUGGGCCGCACCGGAUCAGGAAAGUCCUCUCUGGCUGUUGCCCUGUUCAGACUCGUGGAGCUGACUGGAGGCUCUAUUAUCAUUGACGGAAUCAAUAUUGCACAGAUUGGUCUGGAUGACCUGCGGAGCAAGCUAGCCAUCAUUCCUCAAGAGCCCGUACUCUUCAUUGGUACAGUCAGGAGUAAUUUAGACCCGUGGGAUCAAUACUCUGAUUGUCAGAUCUGGGAAGCUCUCGAGAAGACACACAUUAAAGAAAUGGUCAGCCAGCUGCCUCAUUCGCUCCACUCAGAGGUGACAGAGAACGGAGAGAAUUUCUCGGUGGGAGAACGGCAGCUCCUCUGUGUGGCCAGAGCCCUACUGAGAAACAGCAAGAUCCUUAUAUUGGACGAAGCAACAGCAGCCAUUGACACUGAGACAGACCGUCUCAUCCAGGAGACCAUUCGCUGUGCUUUUGGCAGCUGCACCACUCUCAUCAUCGCCCAUCGUCUCAACACAGUGAUGAGCUGCAGCAGGGUCAUGGUCCUGGACAACGGCCAGAUUUUGGAGUUCAACAGCCCCGCUGCCUUGCUGGCAGAUGAAAAUUCAAGAUUCAGAGCCAUGAUAGAAACAUCAGAAAACCAAAGCAGAUAGAGCACACUGGAGCUGAACUUUGGACGUGAGCUAUGAUCCCACAAAAUAUGCAGCUGAAUUAUUGCACAGAAAAAGAAAAAGAAACAAGGAACACAAUUAACCCAAUCCUGCCAUGGUGUGAAAGUCUUGACUUCAGAAAUACAGUGAUGUUUGCUCAGCUUAACAAUGUCUGUUUAUUUCCAUACCAAAGACCCCGGGACCACAUUUCUGAACAAUAUCAGUAUGCAAAGUAAGAAAAUAGCAGCCUCCUGCUCUUUGCUGCCGUGUCACAGGAGUUGUUUCCCGAAGGCUAAAUAAUUAACUGCAACUUAAAUAGAGUUGAUUCUCUGACAAUAGCACUUUAUGUUUCAUGUGGGCGCAUGGAGGGAUGUGUGUGCUUCCAUUUCCUCUGGAGUUCCGUUAAUCAGUGAGACUUCUGUUUAGUUUUAGUCAUUUUAUUUCCAUCACAGUGCAGGAGUUUACUGUUGAGCUGAGAAUGGUGUAAAACAGAUUAACAAGUCAAUUUUAUUGAGUUAUUGUUUGUGAUUAGUUUAUUUUAAUUAUUCAACACAGUGUGUCCAUUUCUAUGAGGCACUGUCUAAAUCAUGCUACAAAUGUUUCACUUAUUUUGUUCAUUAUUGUUCCUAUAAUGCAAUCAUUUCAGUAAAUUAUUGCAGAUGCGAUAUGUGCCUAGAGCUGUAAACACUUUCAGGUUAUAUAAUGGAGUUAGCCAUGUAGGCAUGCUUUUUUUAGACAGCGUGCAAGUACUGUGUGUGUGUUUUGAAAUAUGCUAAUGUAUCCAAAUGCUGGUGUUUUUAAAAAAAAUCUGCACAUUUUCCACUGCUAGUAAUGUUUUACCGGGAAGGUAAUUCUAGUGGUGAGGUAAUUCUAUUAAUCAGUUGCAAUGUACAGGCACAGAAGGUACGUAAUGUUAUUUACAACAAGGCUGAAGAGGAUCACAAUCAGGAUGUGUCUUUAAAUGUUGUGUUUUCACAAAUCUGAGGACUGUAAAUUUCUGCCUUAUAAUCAAGUUUGUGCUGAACAAUCAUGAAAAGUGCAAUAUCUUCCUAUUGCUUUUGGCACAUUUUCAAGAUUGCCUUUGUACACUUGAGAUUGUCAUGUUGCAAUAUAUUUUUGUUGAAUGUUUGAUUUUUAAUACAGAGUUUCUGUUUUUAAUAAAAAUAUUUUUUUAUAGA